UUAGCACAGUUUGACUGUGAUGUUAAACUUUUUAUUUUUUUUCUCAAACAACUUAUUCGUUUUAAAAUAAAAAUCAUGUCAAAUAUUUUAAAAUUUGCAAUUUUGUUGGUGAUUUUUGUUACUGAUUCCAACGAAAGUCAGAGUUCAAAGGGUAACACACAAUCCUCAGAAGAAUGUGUGGAUAUUCAAACUCAGUUCUAUUGCACAAGUUACCAGCAAUUAUGCAUACAACACGGAAGAUACAAUCUUUAUAUGUAUAGUAACUGUAAGAAAACAUGCGGAAUUUGUAAAGAAAAAGAAAGUUGUUCUGAUCAAACGGGAUCUCAAGGUUUGCAUUGUGCUAAAUGGAAAAUUGCCGGUUAUUGCGAUGAACAAAGCAUUUAUUAUGCCUCGAUGUUAUCAAUUUGCAAAAAAACAUGCGGAUUUUGCUCAAAACCACCAAUAAAAAAACCUAAAACUACAGCAUUACCAAAGAAGCCUACAACAAAGUCUGUUACUGGAGUCCCAAAAAAUUUGUUCUCAGAAUGUGGUAGGAACAAGCUUCAUGAAAGAACUAAAAAUAGAGAUGCAUUUAUGAUUGGUGGAGAUGAAGCAGCUCCAAACACAUGGGUGUGGCAAGUCGGAAUAUAUUUUUAUAAAGAGUUUGUUUGUGGUGGUACUUUGAUAAGUCCAAAUUAUGUACUUACAGCAGCACACUGUGUUAUAUACAGAGAAGCCAAGGGAACAACCGUUAAAGUUGGAGAUUAUAUUAGAGACGAAAUGGAUGAAAACGAAAAAGAACUAGAAGUUGAAAGUAUAGUUUAUCAUAAAGAAUACAGCGACGAAUCACUUGACAAUGAUAUUGCUUUAAUUAAAUUAAAAACAAAUGUUAAGUAUAACGAUGAUGUUGGCGUGGCUUGUUUACCAAAAGUAAAUAAUUUAGUUAACUCUACGUGUUAUAUAACAGGAUGGGGCAGGUUAGCUCCUGGUGGUUUAUCAGCAAACAUUUUGAACGAAGCUCAAAUGCCAAUAAUCAAUAAUAAAAAAUGUGGGGAAAAAAAUAAAGAUGUUCUUGGAGUAUCCAAAAUUACCGAAAAUAUGCUCUGUGCUGGAUUUGAUUCCGGAAGUAAAGUUUCUGGAUGUCAAGGCGACUCAGGAGGACCGUUAGUAUGCAAGAUUAAUAAUUCUUGGACCCUAGAAGGCGUUGUAAGUUGGGGAUCUGGCGUGUGCGAUGCCAGUCAUCGUUAUACCGUUUUUACAAAAGUGACAAGAUAUAUUGAUUGGAUAAAGAGUCAUAUGAAGUAGUUUAACUUUUUUGCAAAAAACAUUUUCUUCGCUUGAUUUUAAGUAUAAAAUUUAUUCAUUUAUGUUAAUGAUUCAGAUGUUUAAUACGCUGAUGGAAUUGUACUCAAACAAAAAGGUAUAGGUAGUUAAGACCCUUUCUAAUGUCGUUAUUGUAAAUUAUAUUGCAAAGAAAAUUAUUUUGCUAAAAUUCCUAAAAUAGUUCGUUAUAAA